UUCGGUAGUCCGUUCUCCAGGAAACGAUAUCCACUCUACAGUUCGCGAAAAUCUAUGCCAGAAUGUUUUAGUGCUUUCGGUUUUUUUGUUUUCGUGCAAAGUGAAUAUGUCAAAGACCGUGGCGAUGUGUAGUUAGCGUUAAGUCGAAGGCAAUUAUAAUUGUGAAUUAUAGGCGCGGGUAUCGAUGAAUCGUUAUGAAUUAUUAAUAACCAGGUGGUCAUAGUUGGAUUCACGACAUGGCAUCUCGCAGUGUUAACCGCGGAUUCGUCAAACUCGGAGAUGGUUUCAUCCCAAUAUUUCGGGUUUAGAAGCAGAGCGUUUAUUAAUGGAACGAGGUUAUGAUAGUUCAUUUUUGGCACGCCCAAGUUCAUCCAACCCUGGUGAUUUUACAUUAUCUGUAAGACGAAAUGGUGAAGUAACUCAUAUCAAAAUACAAAAUACAGGAGACUUCUAUGAUCUUUAUGGUGGUGAAAAGUUUGCCACGUUAUCUGAACUUGUGCAAUUUUAUAUGGAAAACGGGGGACAGUUGCGCGAGAAAAAUGGAGAAAUUAUUGAAUUGAAGUAUCCUUUGAACUGUGCAGACCCAACAACUGAAAGGUGGUUCCAUGGCCAUUUAUCAGCUAAAGAAGCAGAACGUUUAAUGCUGGAGCGAGGUAAAAAUGGAUCAUUUCUGGUGCGUGAAUCCCAAAGUAAACCUGGUGACUUUGUAUUAUCUGUACGCACAGAUGAUCGUGUUACACAUGUUAUAAUACGAUCUCAGGAUAAUAAAUACGACGUUGGAGGAGGUGAUAAGUUUGACAGUCUAAGUGAUCUGAUAGAAUACUAUAAACGUAAUCCAAUGGUUGAAACAAGUGGAAGUGUUGUUCAUUUAAGGCAACCUUUCAAUGCUACCCGUAUAAAUGCUAGUGGCAUCGAAAGCAGAGUGAGGCAGUUGCAUAAAGAAAAUGGCUGUUCAAAUGGAUGGUUGUGCUGGAAUGGAGCCACCGGUAGUAACGAAGUGGGAGCCGGACGUGGUAAAGGAAAAGCUGGUUUCUGGGAAGAAUUUGAGUCACUGCAACAGUUGGAAUGUCGUCACUUAUUUUCUAGGAAGGAAGGUUUACGUCCCGAAAACCGCGCAAAGAACCGAUAUAAAAAUAUUUUACCUUUUGAUCACACAAGAGUACGCUUGAAGGAUGUAGAUCCCAAUGUUCCUGGAGCUGACUACAUUAAUGCUAAUUAUAUUAGGAACGAAGAAGGGGACGGACAACCUAACGCAGUCAUUACCGUUGGUGACGGUGGUACAUUUAAUAAAUGUUAUAUCGCAACACAAGGUUGCCUUCCCAAUACAAUACCAGACUUCUGGCAUAUGGUAUAUCAAGAAAAUACCAGGGUAAUAGUAAUGACCACCAAAGAAAUGGAGAGGGGAAAAAAUAAAUGUGCUCGUUACUGGCCAGAGGAAGGCGAAGUUACAGAAUAUGGCGGUGAAUGGAAAGUACGUGCUUUGUCUCGCACUUCAACAGCAGAUUAUACACUACGAGAAUUUAUUUUACAUGGAAAUAAGCCGUGUUUUGCAGAAUCUAGGAGGAUUUAUCAUUAUCACUUUCAAGCAUGGCCUGACCAUGGUGUUCCUUCAGACCCUGGGUGUGUAUUAAAUUUCCUUCAUGAUGUUAACGCAAGGCAAGAAUCAAUUGCUGCGUCUCUAACAUCAAGUGGCCAGAACGUGCCUAGUAUAGGGCCAAUUCUUGUGCACUGUAGUGCUGGAAUUGGUAGGACAGGAACAUUUAUUGUUAUUGAUAUGAUUCUUGAUCAAAUUAAGCGGCAUGGUUUGGAUUGUGAAAUUGAUAUUCAAAGAACGAUUCAAAGAGUACGUUCACAAAGGUCAGGAAUGGUUCAGACAGAGGCACAAUAUAAAUUUGUGUAUCUUGCUGUAUUACACUAUAUUGAAACUGUAUCACAGAGAAUGCAGGCAGAGCAGAAGUCUCUUCAUUUAGGUCGAGAAUAUACUAAUAUUCGUUAUAAAAGUGAAACAAACGCUACAACAAAUAUUGGUGACAUACCUAUACCUACAAGUACUGCAUCGACUAUUACAACGUCAGCACAUUUCACGUUAUCCAGUCCUAUCAGUAAUUUGAGGCCAAAGUAAUUCUUGUUAAUAUCAGUUGAUUAUCGAGAUCUUUGAAAAGCAGAGAAGAGGCUUUGUUACUCUCAUCACAUGUGGUUUAAAGCUUUGAUAUUAUUCUCGUAACAUGAUCUGUUUGUAAAAAUUUCAUUUUGCGAAUUGUUCAAUCGUUUCUAAUAUUUCUGAACAUGUACACUAUGUGUUCAGAAUACAUAUUGAGUGAGUGAAUGAAUGAGUGAGAGAAAGAAUAAAAGAAAGAGAAAUAGAAGGAGAAAUUUAGUUGCUUGUAUCUGUAUGCAGUGCACAGUUUUAAUUUCGAAACGGUGAUUAUUACUUACAGCAUGUUCGUAAAGACAUAAGAGAAAAAAAAAUAUAUAUAUAUAUACAUAUAUAUAUAAAGUAAAAGAUUAUAAUUCCAACAUUUUAUAGUUGAUCACUUAAAAGUAAUUAGCAACGUUUUAAAAUUAAAAAUUGUAUUAUAAAAAAAAUGAAGAAUAUUUUUAUGGCAAUUGAAUUGCAGUAAUAUUCCAGAACAUUCGAAUGAAAGGUUUUACUAAUAAUUAUUUCAAGUAUAUUACAAAUAUAUCAUUGCUUUCAUACAAUUAGCUUGCUAUCUGUAUUACAUCAAAUAUUAAUUAGGUAACAAAUUUAUCUGAACAUAGACGAUUAUUUUUUAUGCUUAUUUCU